AUGCCUUCCAGAUCUGACGUUUCCGUCUUCAGCUCGGGCCCGGCCCUGCUGCCGACAGACGUGCUCGAGAAGGCCUCGCAGGCACUGGUCAACUACGACAGCACGGGUCUAGGUCUGGCUGAGCACUCCCACCGCUCCGAGCUGGCCACCAACAUCAUCAACGAGGCCAAGGCUGACCUGGCCACGUACCUCGACAUCCCCGAGGACUACGAGGUGCUCUUCAUGCAGGGCGGCGGCACGGGCGAGUUCUCGGCGACGCUGUACAACUUCAUCGGAUCAUGGGUGGCGCGCAAGACCAAGGCGCUGGCUGGCGGCAGCAAGAGCGACAAGGACAUCCUGGGCGACCCUGCACUGAUGCAGGAGCUCCGCCACACGGUCCAGCACAAGCUCAAGGUCGACUACCUCGUCACCGGAAGCUGGUCGGCCAAGGCUGUGGGUGAGGCCUCGCGCCUCCUGGGUGAUGAGCACGUCAAUGUCGUCUCCGACGCCCGCCAGGCCAACGGUGGCAAGUUUGGCGUCAUCCCCGAUGAGUCCACAUGGAAGCUAUCCGACGACGCUGCCAUGGUGUACUACUGCGACAACGAGACGGUCGACGGUGUCGAGUUCCCUGCAUUCCCCAAGUGCCUCGAGCCCAAGGCCGACGGAUCUGGCCCCAUCGUCGUCGCAGACAUGUCGUCCAACAUUCUGUCGCGUCGUGUGCCCGUUCGCAACUUCUCAGCCAUCUUCUUUGGCGCUCAGAAGAACCUCGGCUGCACGGGUAUCACUGUUGUCGUCAUCCGCAAGGAGUUUCUGCCCCCCAAGCUGUCCCAGCCCAGCCCGGCCAUCCUGAGGCAGCUCGGUCUUCCCAUCCCUCCCAUUGUCUUCCAGUACGAGACGACUGCCAAGAACAACAGUCUCUACAACACGCUCAGCAUCUUUGAUGUCUACAUUGCCGGCCAAGUCCUGAAGAAGCUCUUGGCCACCUUUCCUGAGGACAAGGUUGCUGGUCAGGAAGCUGUCGCUGACAGGAAGGCUCGUCUUCUGUACGGAGCUCUCGAGUCUCACCCCGAUGUCUACAAGGUCGUCCCCGACAAGUCUGCUCGCUCGCGUAUGAACAUUUGCUUCCGAGUCAUCAAGGGCGGCGACGUUGACACCGCCGAGAAGGCCUUCCUCAAGGAGGCCACCAGCCAGAACCUGCUGGGUCUCAAGGGUCAUCGUAGCGUCGGCGGGAUCCGCGCUUGCAACUUCAACACUAUUACCGAGGAGACUAUGGAGAAGCUGGUCAAGUUUAUUAUCACGUACGCCAAGGCAUAG